UCAGCGCAAAUCGGCGGCAGUCUUCGUGUGUACUUUUGUGAAUUUGGUUGCUCUUACUCGCAGUUGGUAAAAAUGAGUAGUUCCAAUGUAGUGAUUGUCUCAGCAGUCAGGACACCCUUAGGGUCACUAUGUGGAUCCUUAUCCUCAUUGAAAGCGUCAGAGCUGGGAAGUAUUGCUAUUAAAGAAAGUUUGGCAAGAAUUGGAUUAAAAGGAACAGAUGUUUCCGAAGUUAUUAUGGGUCAAGUUCUUGCUGCAGGAGAAGGUCAGAAUCCUGCAAGACAAGCAGCGAUAAAUGCAAACAUACCUAUUGAUGUGCCUGCUUAUCAAGUAAACUUGUUAUGUGGCUCUGGUCUAAAAUCUGUUAUAAAUGGUUAUUCUUCUAUAAAAUCAGGGGAAAAUGAUAUAGUUGUGGCUGGUGGUCAAGAAAGUAUGAGUAGAACGCCGCAUGCAAUUUAUCUUAGGACUGGUGUAAAAGUUGGAAACUGUAAUUUAAUUGACACACUUCUAGAAGAUGGUUUAACGGAUGCCUUCUACAAUAUUCACAUGGCAAUAACAGCUGAGAAUCUUGCUAAAAAGUAUGCAAUAAGUAGAGAAGCACAGGAUGAUUAUGCAAGCAAAUCUCAGCAAAAAACAGAGACUGCUAUUACUGCUGGUCACUUCGACAAGGAAAUAGUUCCAGUAGUCAUUUCAGGCAAGAAAGAAUCUAUCACUGUAUCUAAGGAUGAAUUUCCAAUAUUUGGAACAACUGUGGAGAAACUUGCAAAAUUAAAACCAACAUUUCUGUCGAAUGGCACGGUUACUGCUGGAAAUGCAUGUGGUAUAAAUGACGGUGCAGCGGCUGUAGUUCUUAUGUCUGAAGAAACAGCUGCAAUUAAAGGACUUUUACCAUUAGCCAAUAUUGUUGCGGUUGCACAGGUUGGAGUUGAUCCUCAAAUUAUGGGCAUUGGACCUGUUGAAGCUGUUAAAUUAGUCUUGAAAAAAGCAAACUGGACAAAGGAGGAAGUGGACUUUUACGAGUUAAAUGAGGCCUACGCAGCGCAAGCAAUUGCGUGUGUUCAAGAACUGGGAAUAGACAGCGAGAAAGUUAAUGUAAAUGGUGGUGCUAUUGCUCUCGGUCAUCCGAUUGGCAUGUCUGGAACAAGAAUUCUGGUCACUUUAUUACAUACUUUAGAGAGAACUGGAAAGAAAAAGGGUGUCGCAUCUUUGUGCAUUGGAGGAGGAAUGGGUAUCGCUAUUGCCAUUGAAAGAAAAUAACGAAUAUCUUGCCUAUAUAUGAAAAAUUUGUUAUAUUUUUAUUAAAAUAUUGAAUUGUAAACAUAUUUCUGGUGUGCUGUAAAUUGAAUAUUUAAUAAUGUGAACAAAUAUUUAUAGCCUUCCUAAGCUGUAAAUAAUUUGUAUAACAAUUUGUUACGCCAAGUAUUGCCUAUAUUGUAAACAUAUAACGUAGUUGUAAACAAUAACGAGUAAUUUAUUGGCGAAUCUGUUUUUAGGGGUAAAAGGCAAAGGGUUAAAUGCUUUUAUAACAUAAAUCACAGUAUUUUCUUACAUAAUGUAAAAAUAUUUAUAUAUAUGUGUAUGUAUAUAUAUAUUAUCAUUAAUCAACAAAGUAUAUACAAGACAAAUUUAAUCAUUA